AUGAGCCACGACGACAGCGAAGUCGGACCCCAGUACGACCCACAACGUACCACGGCGGCAGCACAGUACCAGAGCUACGAGGAUCUCUGGGGAUGGGGCUGGCGUCCUUAUUAUUUUGACUCAAACUUCUCCGAGGAUUAUUAUUUCGACCUGUAUAAGACAUGGGGUAUCGGGUGGGCACUUGAAGCGCUCGGACUCAACCCGUGGGCAACCAGAUUCCAAGAUGGCGAGAACCACAUCGUCGCCUAUCAGCACAAAAUACCCGAAGAUGUCCUCCCCCUCGAGGAUCAAACGUACAUUGUUAACGGCAAGGAGUACCGGGCUACAGGUGCUGAUUUUACCUUCUCACUCAACACCAAGGACGGCGUCAUUAUAGGCAUGGACCGUACAAGCCCCAAGGAAGCAGGCAAGACGAAGGUAUCGCCGCCAGUUACCGGUGACGGACUGCCGAAGCUCAACCAAUUUUCAGACGUGGCGUGGCUGGAAUGGCAACACAUGAUGAGCCAGAACAAUGGGGACAUCAAAAACAUCCAUUACUUUGUGUCUAUAUUGGUCGUCAACCCAGAGACUAGAGCAGUGGUGGCGAGAGCAUUGCGCACUCGAAAUAAAAGGUUUCUAGAAGAUUUUCCAGGGGAGACGUUUGAACGGGGGACAGACGAAAUGAACGCAAUCAUGGGCACACCGAACAUCCAAGGCUUCGCAUAUAUGCUUGUUCAGCAUAAAGCGCAGCUGGGCAACAUGUACAUCAAGAAGAUCCAAGUCUUCACGUGCCAGACGGCGGCCGAGCCUCCUUGUAUCAUCGCGCAUGUAUCCAAGCCAGACGUCUGGGUUGACCCCGGGGGCGGCGAAGUCGUCAGACGCGACGGAGGCCACAACGUAGCGCGUAUGCACAGGAUCUUCGCGAAGCUGUGA